ACUAAUUUUGGGACUGAAUGAAAAAAAACUCCGUAGAGCCGGACCGAGACCUAAAGAUCAAAGAGGUGGAAAAAACUGAGCCCCAGGAGAAGACGAGCAGCAGCAAUUAGAAAAUCUGAGAUCGAGCACAGCAAGUUUGAGUCAAUGGACUCUGCUGUAGUGGAUAGAAUCAUAGAGAAGCUAACAGAAGUCCGAUCUUCAAAGCCAGGGAAAUUGGUUCAACUUACUGAGUCAGAAAUCAAGCAGCUUUGUGUGGCCUCUCGAGAUAUUUUCAUGAAACAACCCAAUCUUCUUGAACUAGAAGCACCCAUCAAAAUUUGCGGAGACAUUCAUGGUCAGUACAGUGACCUAUUGCGCCUUUUUGAAUAUGGAGGGUUUCCUCCCAAUGCAAAUUAUCUAUUUUUAGGCGACUACGUAGACCGUGGCAAACAGAGUUUGGAAACCAUAUGCCUCUUGCUUGCUUACAAAAUCAAAUACCCAGAAAACUUCUUUCUUCUUAGAGGAAACCAUGAAUGUGCUUCAAUAAACAGGAUAUAUGGAUUUUAUGAUGAAUGUAAACGGAGGUUUAAUGUAAGACUUUGGAAAGCCUUUACUGACUGUUUUAACUGUCUUCCUGUGGCGGCUCUUGUUGAUGAUAAGAUAUUGUGCAUGCACGGGGGAUUAUCCCCUGACCUAUCCAAUUUGGACCAAAUCCGGAACUUGCCCCGUCCGACAGCUAUUCCGGACACAGGCUUGCUUUGUGAUUUGCUUUGGUCAGAUCCAGGUAAAGAUGUGAAGGGGUGGGGGAUGAAUGAUAGAGGAGUUUCUUUUACCUUUGGACCAGAUAAAGUGUCCGAGUUUUUAACGAAGCACGAUUUGGAUCUUGUCUGCCGGGCCCAUCAAGUUGUGGAGGAUGGGUAUGAAUUCUUUGCUGACAGGCAGCUAGUCACAAUUUUUUCUGCACCCAACUACUGCGGAGAGUUUGAUAACGCUGGUGCAAUGAUGAGCGUUGAUGAGAACUUGAUGUGCUCUUUUCAGAUUCUAAAACCCGCUGAGAAGAAAAAUAAGUUUAUGCCAUCAACAAAAAUGUGAUUUCGUUCAUCAGUAACUACUUGAAAUUUAUGAAAGACAUUUUAUCCUAAACAGAGGAAAGCACUAGUUAUCAACGGAUGGUCAUCAUGGUGGUUCAUUCUCAUUGACACAUUGGCAUAGUACAACCGGAGAAGAUCAAUGGCACAAACUGUCUCUUUUCCUUGAGCUCUGCCAAUUGCUUGGAUGAGAUGCUGAUUAACCAACAUUAGCACGAUGACAUUGUGUUACAGCUUUAUGUUUACCUGUCUUCUAAUGCAAUCUUAGUCUUGUAUCUGCAAUUUUUAGUCUUUUGUCCAAGAAAUGUUAUUCUAUAGUUAAUUGCAUUUUCCGAGGAUAAAGGCCGUGGCACAUGAAAUGAGUUAGUUAUAUAUCGUAGGGCUAUGAUGGUUGUCCAACCAAUUUGCUUGCUUUCUAUUCUUGAUUUGGCAUGCUUGAAUGCUUGAUUACAUUAAUGUUUAACUUGGCAUGACGGGAUGAGGUUGAAUAAGUUUAUAAGCGUGACAGAAAUAUGU